AUGGCCAAUGGAGGGCUGAGGGGAAAAGAAACCAAAAUAUAUAAAGUGCAUGAACAUUCGGAUACAGGGAAUCAAACCCCAAGCUGCCGCGACACGAUCCAAAUAUACGAUGAGAGGCGGUAUUAUCGAUGUUCUGGAUGGGUGCCCAAACCUGUCAGGAUCAAGAUUCAAAAUUCAAUUAAAGGGGGUGGAAUCGGGGACCCGUCAACGCAUGGCUCCCGCUUUGGACAGUCCCUCCGUGUAACUAUGACUUCAUUCCAUGAAGACUCCACAUUUUCAACUUUGUCUGACUCAUUGCUCUCUCCCGCUCUGCGACCUACGCGACCCAAAACGAGCACUCGUGCAGGCGUGUCACCCCUUACCGACUCAUUUCCUGACGAACCCGCCAUACUCGCGUACAGCCUACCAAACUCGAUGAUUCUAUCCUCGGCUUCUUCAGCCACGCUCGCUAGCCCCGAGCUUAGUCCUCAUCACUACAAGCUGAACGUUGACCUCGUCAUCCAGCCACCAAAAGGCUAUCUUGAACCGCAUGUCAGCAAUCUGCCGCGACGGAGGGUGGUCAGGAGGAGGGUCGUGUACAGUGAGAGCGAAAGCGACGACGACGAUAAAGCGAGCGCCAGGACCGACCCUUCACCUUCGCCCAAAGAACCCCAGCAUGUGCGCAUACAAGCGCUCGGCGAGGAUACAGGAGUCUGCGUGUCGACUUCGGAGGUGGAAGGAUGGGACGGGGACGUCAUUCGCGUCGACGAGGAAGAAGAGAAUGACUGUGGAGUGCCGACUUCGUCUCGGUCGGCGUUCCUAGAGUUAGUGACGAAGGGCUCGGCGUUUCGGAGGGUGCUGGUCGUUGGGUCUCGGGUGAAUGUGUUUGCUGUUGCACUGGGGAUACUUUGUCGGCGCAGUGGGAGAGAUAUGAUAGAGACGUAUAUGGAGCUGCAUGAUACGGGCGGGCUGGAUGAUGCGUGGAGGGGUCUGUUGAGUCGCGAUGGGGUCGAGUGGGUUGCGGGAGAGGACAAUUAG